AAACAAAGCAGCUUUCCUAAAAAUCUCCCCCAAAAUAUAAUUACAAAUGAGCCUCUUACAUACGUAUGUACCGUAAGUAUGUGUGCAAACCCAAUCACUUAGUGCCCUUGCUCUCUUAUUGAAAAGACACCUAGCCACAUUCUGCAAAUAAAAAAUAUAUAUAUUUUCAUGCUAUACUACACUACACCGGAAUGUUUAAAUGCUCCUUUGAUUGUCCUUGAAUCUUCCCGCCACACUUGCCACCCUCUCCUGCCGCACCACUGCGUUAAAAUAAAGGGCCCCGAUCCUGGGUGGCUCCCAGAGCGUUUCCUAAAGCGACCCAGAGAGAGAGAGAGAGAGAGAGAGAGAGAGAGAGAGGUGGUGGGUGGAGCCCGACGCGGCUUCUUGGGCAAGGAAGUGGCCGCGGCUCCUGCCCAAGGGGGGAACCGGGGCUGGAUCCGUCCCGCUCAUGGCGGCCACGUCGCUUGCGCGCUGCUGCAGUAGCAGGGCGAUCCCCUCCAAGCCCCCGGGGCAGCGGGGCAGAAGACCGCUGAGCCACGGCCAGGCGGACGGGGAAGGAGAUCUCCCCGACGGCAGCGGCUGCUCCGCGGCCCAGCGCUCCGGGGAAGCGGGCACCUGCAAGGGCAGGGAAGGGUUAACCGAAGCGGAGAAGAGGGUGGUGGCUCUCCACGAGGAGGCAUGCGCGGCUGGGAAGCAUAACUACAUAGAUCCAGUCACUGGCUACCUAGUGUUCACCAAAGUGGCCCAUUUGCAGAGAGGACACUGCUGUGGUACUUCCUGCAGACACUGUCCAUAUGGUCAGAUGAAUGUGAAAGAUCCUUCCAAAAAGAAGCGGUUCAAUUCCUUUUUCUACGCUUGACGAUCGAAGCCUUUUGCAUCAUACCAUGAAGGGGAGGGGGAGUCAGCCAUCACUCCCAUUUCUUCCUUCUUUUCUGCCCCCUACAGCUUCCAUAUUUUGCAUAAUGCUGUUCCUUUGACCUCUGCUGUUCUGCAUCCUGAAUAUUUUCCAAUUGCAAUAAAAUAAAAACCCCAUGUGUGCUCCAGUGGCGCUGAGCCAUUGA